UCACCGUCACCAUCAUCUUCACCGUCACCGUCACCAUCAUCUUCAUUAUCACCGUCAUCAUCUUCAUCCUCACCAUCAUCAUCAUCUUCACCAUCACCGUCAUCAUCAUCUUCACCGUCACCCGAUGCCAUGGAAUUUUUAACAUACGCUGGAGCGGACAUGUUUAACACGUCUCUCAAGUCAAGUCCCGCCUCAAGACCCUCCUCUUCGUCCAUGCCAUCGGCCAACCCCUUC